CAUACCCAGGGUCAGACGGACAACUCAUGGGGCCCCCGGGCAAUAGGGGAUCAUGGGGCCCCUGUGUCCUUGCCCAAACUCAAAAAAGCCUAUGAAAAAGGUACCAGGGGCAUCUCAUGGGGCCCCCUACUGACCCCGGGCCCUCGGGCAGUGCCUGAGUUUCCAAAUGGUCAGUCCGCCCCUGGCCAUACCUAAUGAAUGAGAGAGCCUGGCCAACGAAUCUUCAACAUCUGACUCUUUCAGGCUGUGGUUUCAGCCAUCAGCAGCUAAGUCAUUACUGUGUCUUUGCAAAGUUAUUUUAUUUUUUCUUUGGGUCUUGCGAAAAGCU